AUGACUGAUCCAUUGAAGUCGCUGGAUUCAGGUCGGCUAAAGCCAACCGCUGUGUCACGGCAGGUCCAUGCAAUUGCUGGAAUUUCAGUCACGGUCUUCGGAUUGGAAGAAUUGAAUGCACAGGCAUCAGAGGUCGCUUGUCUCUGGUUACUUCAUCCUCGUUUGGCUACUCAAGAGCGAAUGACCGAUAUUGCUGCAUCAACCAUUAACGAUUGGAACUCCAAAAACCAAGAUACUCCUACAGCCAAGGGACUCAUUGCUGUUUCUUUUGAUCAGCGUAACCAUGGUGCUCGAAUGGCGGAUCCGCUUGCCAACGAAGCUUGGAGACAAGGAAACCCGCGCCAUGCUCAGGAUAUGUUCUCUAUUUUCCGUAGGUUCUUGCCAUGGACAGGUCCCGCAUUCUACAGGAUUAUAGCUAAUGAGAUAUAUACUAAUACAGAGGGAACCGCACGCGACACUUCCUUACUGAUGGACUAUCUUGCUGCCUUCGUCUUUCCUAAUGGGGAGCAUAAGAUCACUGAGAACCUGGUGCUGGGUGUUUCAUUGGGCGGCCAUGCUGCGUGGAGCUGUCUAUUCCACGAACCUCGCAUAUCGGCAGGUGUUGUGAUUAUCGGCUGCCCCGACUAUCUAAAUCUCAUGGUUGAUCGCGCACGAUUGUCGAAAUUACCCUCAUGGACUAAGAGCAACCCACCAGGAUCGGAGAUCUUGGGCUCUGAGGCCCUGCCCGCUUCGUUCGUGGAUGUCGUUAACAAGUAUGAUCCGGCAGGUCUCCUGCUCAGUCAGGUGAAGAGUGCACCUGGUCCAUUGCGCGAUGGCACAAUUCCUCAACCUACGGACCAGGAACAGCAAGAGCUUCGACCUCUCCUAUCACGAUGCUUGGCAGGUAAGCGUAUUUUGAAUCUGUCUGGCGGUAUCGACAAGCUUGUGCCCUAUCACCGUGGAGAAUCUUUUUUGCAAUGGUUCAAGGGUGCCAUCUCACCUAAUGGUUGGUUUGGAGACGGCGCGAUUACGUUUGAGGAUAUUAUUGAUGAAUCGGCGGGUCAUGAGGUCACACCGAAGAUGGCUGAUGAGGCUGUGAGAUUCAUUAGUGAAACGCUUGCGAUCCGUGGGGACAAUGGGGAGCGGAAGGGCUCGGUGCGGGAAUCCAAGAUCUAG